AUUAUUGACAAGCGAACGCCGGAUAAUAACCUUGUCUACGUCCGGGUUUACAUACAUUUAGUAUACACAAAUACACGUAACGUGUGACGAUGUAUGUGAGGGCAAUGUUUUUAUGUGUAGCAGCAAUAUUAUACAGCUGUAUUGAUAUAACUAUUGGAAAAUGCACUCCACCUACCUCAUUCUGUGGUAAUAAUGAGCUCGAAUUGAGUGGCUAUAGUGACUGCAAUGACAAAGUUGACAAGGAUGACACUGCACACCAGCCUGUAGUAUCGUACGAACAUGCAGAUUCGGACACUUUUUACACGUUAAUUAUGGUAGAUCCUGAUGCUCCUGCACCUGAUAACCCAUCACUGGCUUACUGGCUACACUGGCUGGUGACAAAUAUAAAGGGAUCCAAUUUCGGGAGUGAUAAUCUCGGUGGCACUACAGUUAUGGAGUAUGAAGGGCCAAGUCCACCCAGAGGAACUCACAGAUACCAGUUUAUGUUAUUGAAGCAGAACGGACAAGUCACUACGGUCAAGCCACGCAGUCGAUCACGUUUUCAGCUGAAGGACUUCCUCGCUAACAAGAAGUUUGAUUGUAAUGAUAUAGGAACUUUCCAAUACAAAGUCGAAGUCGAGGCAUAACGUGUUCUGUCUAGAUCUUUAUAUUACAAUAAAGAGCUAUUUACAGAUUGAUCUUACAUUAGAUGUUCACAGUUCGUAAAGUUAUACAUAUAAUGUGCUUGCACGUGCAUAUAUCAUUGCUCUAUUUUCAUCUUUAUAUGGUCGUUUUAGCAUUUUCGAAGAAUAUGGACAUCUAAGCACGUGCACAUGUUUUGAUAUUUAUUCGCUUAGUUAUCCUAACAAAUGUCUUCCGUUGUAGGGAAUUGCUACUGAAAUACAGAAACAUAACCAAGAGGAUAAUAUAAUCAAUCUAAAUCAUGGGCAUUAUGUUUUCUGGUCUGUACUCUUAUUGUACAUCUGCCUUCAUCAUUCAAUAUUUUGAAUUGAAAUAGCACAGGAACUAUUAUAAAAGAUCGUUCGUUGAUCAUAAUGUUCUCUUUGUCUUAGCAUUUUCGAGUAUUUAUACUCAAAUUCUCGUCCAAAGCGAACAUUCUUAUUCAUAGAUUUACUAACUGACGUCCCUCUGGAAUCCCACAUUAUAGGAUUUCUUUUCCAAUUUUGAAUUAGACCAUUAAUUUCAACUUUCUGUCAGAAUGACUACAAUCCCAUUUUUUUAGAAAUAAAUCUCUGCCGCAAUUACA